CAUGAAUUGCAUUCAAUAGUCGAUCAGUAGUUUAGUACAGCAAUGCUUCAUUUCAUGGUACUAUAUAUGUCCAUCGGGGAAGUUUACACCAAUCCUCCAGCUCAAGUUUCCAACAUUACACGGCAAUUCCAUUGGAUUUGGAUCUCGCCACCACCGACCGACCGAGACCGCCGCGUCGCGCGCGCCAUGGUUGUCGAGGCCGCCGUCUCCGGGAGCCCGCCGCUGGCCGUCGGCGGCGUGGCCGGCAGCAGCAGCAUGGGCGUGCACGGGCACCGGCUGUCGACGGUGGUGCCGAGCUCGGUGACGGGGGAGGAGGUGAACUACGAGCUGGCGGACGCCGACCUGCUGCACAAGCUGCACUACCUCCGCGCGGUGCACGUGUUCCGCGCGCCGGCGGCGUUCGCCAUGGAGGCGCUGAAGGAGCCCAUGUUCCCGUGGCUGGACAUGUACUUCCCCGUCAGCGGCCGGCUCCGGCGGCGCCGCCAAGCGGAGGACGGCGACGGCGACGGCAAGGACGACGCCGCCGCAGCAGCGGUGGGGCGGCGGCCGUACGUGCGGUGCAACGACUGCGGCGUGCGCGUCGUGGAGGUGGCCUGCGACGCCACCGUGGAGCAGUGGCUGGAGGCGGAGGCGGAGCGCGGCGGCCUCUGCAAGGCGCUGGCCUACGACAAGGUGAUCGGGCCGGAGCUCUUCUUCUCGCCGCUGCUCUACGUGCAGGUCACCAGCUUCAAGUGCGGCGGGAUGGCCCUCGGCUUCACAUGGGCGCACGUCAUCGGCGACAUCCCCUCCGCCGCCGCCUGCUUCAGCAAGUGGGCGCAGCUCUUCAGCGGCAAGAAGGCCCCGGCACCGACCCUGAGAGACCCACUCGCCAUGCCGCCGUCGGCGGCCUCACCUGCCAGCGUGGCGGCCCCGCCGCCGUCGGUCAAGGCCACCGCCGCGCCCGUCGGCGAUCACUGGGCCGUCCCGACCACCCGUGACAUGGUGCCAUUCUCCUUCCACGUCACCGAGCAGCAGCUGCAGGGUCUCCUGCUCAGCGCGGCGCCCGAGGGUCAUCAGCAGCGCCAUGUGGUGGGCCCGUUCGAGCUGGUCUCGGCGCUGAUCUGGAGGGCGCUGGCCGCGAUCCGAGGCCCCGGCGGGGAGGAGGAGGCGACGCGCACGGUGACCGUCGUGAAGACCGAACCGACGCCGACGCCGGCGGGGCUGGCCAACGAGCACCGCAUCGGCCACGUCGUCGCGACCGGCGGCUCGUCGCCAGGGACGGUCGACGUCGCCAAGCUGGCGGCGCUGCUGGCCGGCGCGCACCUCGAGGAGGCCAGCGCGGUCGCGGCGGCGGCGUUGGCCGGAGCGGAGGGGGAGGACGUCGACGUGGUCGUGUACGGCGCCAACCUGACGUUCGUGGACGCCGAGGGCCUGGCGGUGUACGACGGGCUGGAGCUCGCGGGGCGGCGCCCGGCGCACGUGGAGUACGCCGUGGACGGCGUCGGCGACGGCGGCGCGGCCGUCGUGCACCGCGACGCCGGCGGGCGGGGCCGCACCGUCGCGGCUGUCGUGCGCCGCGGCGAGGCCGACCGUCUCCGUGCCGCGCUCCGUGACGCGCUGCACGUUGCUUGAUGAUCGUGCAGGCAGCACACUUUGUGUCUUGUGGUUUUCAAGCUGAAUAAAUUGAAGGAUCUUGCCAUCCCAUGCCACUAUGCCAGUGCGUGUGUUUAUGAGCUUCCUAGCUGUUGAAGGCUUGAAGCUUCGACUUCAACAGCGAGCCCUGAGACUAUGUAUCUUUGAAUGUGUGGUUUGUGAACUUCUGUAAACUGUAAUCUCUGUAAUAGCCCUGAGACUAUGUAUCUUUUUUAUUUAUUCUUUGUCCCAGUUUGAAUGGUA